AUGUCCGCCGAUACCUCAGAUCUAACCAAGGUCGAUUCCGCUAUUGGCGGCGUCUCCGGUUCUCCUCCCAAAGAAGGCCCAAAGGAAACAAAGCGAAGAACAACAUCCAGUGCCCCUGGUGUUUUCAAUAUCCUUGACCUUGAGAAAGAGGGAACAAAGAUCAGUGUUGCCCCGGAAACACAGAAGACCGGCUGGAAACUGAACACCUCAACGAGCACGGUAGAAGAUCCUGCAAUUCUGAAGAAGCUCCUCACCACACCCCCGGUCAAGAAGAUCGAUCUCCACUUCCCCCUUGGCCUUGAGGUCACAGCAAGAAACCUAAAAGGCGUGACGAUCAAGGAUGCAUUAGACGCGAUUCACAAGCAGUUCAAGAAGAAGGCUGAUGACGAGAUGGAAGAACCAUACCUGAAAGGCUUUGAAUGGGACCCUGAAGAGUCAUACACGAGACUGAAGGUACAUACCCAGAAAGAAGGUCUACCCGCUGCCAAGAAGGGCAAGAAGAAGGGAGGUGACGAAUAA